GCUUCGGCGCGCGUCUUGACUCUGAUCUGACCCUCCCACAUGAGACCAGCUCUUCAAGCGCUCCCGGGCCACCCUCUCCGUACUCUCUGGGGUGGACACUGGCGGUAUGUCCUCGUACAUGGACCGCCGCCUUCUAGGGCCAUCGCCCAGUUUAUAGCGGGCCAGCAGCAGUGGCGCCGUAUCCAUCGGUCGUCGGAGAGCAUCCACGCCGAUAACUUUGGAACAGUUCGCCGGAUGCUUGCCGAUGGCCUCAAGUGGGGCCUCGGGCUGGCAUCGCUUUCCGUUUUCUUGGGCCUCGGCUGGUAUUGGAGCCUUGGCAAUCCAUAUCCACGAAGUGUUCGGAUCCACCUGCGCAAGGCCCUCUACUCUCACUCAUACGGCAACCCCCACGAUGCAGAAGUCGAGUAUUUGCGUGCCCUGGAUGAAUGCAUCAAAGAGGGGUUUGCCAUUGACUCUCCCGAGGUGUCCGGCAUCGUUAUUCGCCUCGGAGAGCUCUAUCAAAAGGUCAACCGCCCAGCCGAGGCUGCUUUCACAUAUUCGCAAGUUUUUGAGCAAAGCUUCAGUAACGGCACCAUCAGCGCUGAGGCUGAAGGAACCAAGAUGAUGGGUGCCAUUCGAAUCGCCCUCAAGAUCGCAUCGGCUCUCGAAGAAGGCGGAAACUUGAGUGGAUCGGCGAUGUAUCUCGAGUGGGCCGUCAAAAUGCUCAUCGGCCUUCCCGAGAACCCACCGCGGCUCAAGAACAGCCAAGUCCUUGAAGGAGAGCCGUCAAACCUUCCCCCGCAACGCCCACCGCCAAACCCGAUGCGCUCUGUUCAAGUCGCCCCUUGGGCUACUCUGCGAGACCUUGGCCAGUCACUGAACCAGCUGGCCGGGGUUUACGCCGGUCAGGCCAAACAUGAACUUGCCAUAUCCCUCUACCUCAAAGCGGCCCAGAUCCUGAACGAGGACGACGGGGAUUCGCUUGUUCCCGAGGAACGUUCGUGUCAACUUGCAGUCAUCGCCAACAAUAUUGCCGACUGCCGCGUAGCCAUGGGCUCCAAGCAUUGGGGCGAUGCGCUCAAAUGGGUCGAGCAGUCCAUCAAGCUGUCGAAGCCGUUAGCUGAUCAAGGCAACUGUCGCGAAUGCUUUGCCACGGGCUUGUACAAUCUCGGAAUGAUCCAUGAGAUGAAGAAGGAUUAUGCUUUGGCCACGAAAUGGUUCACCCGUGCCCGAGACUAUGGCAAAGAACUCGAAUUCCGCGAAUGCGAGAUCAUGGCUGUAGAGUCGCUAAAGAGAAUUGAACAGACCACGGGCUGCUAGUCUUACAAGGCCAAAGCAGCCGCAGAAACAUGGGACAGGCAUCCUCCGUCCAAUUCGCUAGUUGGAUGUUCCCUCCCUUCGCUUGCCUCCACGAGGCAUUCAAAUAUGAAGCAGCAAUAUCAGUCCCCUUUCACACGCUGCUUGGUCAUGGUCGUGCGUCUUCAG